UGCCGUGCAGUACAGUUCCCGCCCAGCCCACUACUUCCCCCGUCUUAGGUUUUCUGACCUGCUGAUUUCUGCUGGCAGCGGCUCUAUGAAUUCUAUAAUUCUGUGGUGAAUGCUGCCGCUGCCGGGAUCCUGCCUGCACUGCGUAUACUGUAUCCACGGUAUCGGAGUGCCUGGUCAUCGACCAGUGACUCUACUUUCUCCCAAGCUUCAGAUUGUAGCGUCUACAGCCGGGAAAACUGACAGUGCCUCAGGCCAAUCACUGGCCAAGGUGGGACAUUGAUAUAACUUCUACAACUCCGUCUGGCUACGUGAAGCAGACUAUCAUCAGAGAACGGCCAGAGACAGGGCGUCCUGAUCCUGGAACUAGGAAGAAGCGGAGGAAGGGUUUGAUUGGCAUUGUCGGGCUGGUUAAUGGAAUUUCAAAGGAAGCUUUACAAAUGGAUUUGAACAAUGAAAGGAAGAUCUUGGAAUGUUGGAAAGUCUGAAAUAGAUGGAGCGUUAAUGACAAUAUCUCAGUUCACCAGAAAACGUUGGAUUUCCUAGUCUGAAACUAGUUAUUUGGUAUCAUGGCCAGUUCUCUCAGAGUUUGAUCAUUGUACCUUGUUGACUGUGGUCGUGUGGGUUGAGUGGCACCCUACCUCCUGCCACUAUGAAGUGGAUCUGCAAACUUGAUGAGUCUGAGAGAUUCUGGGAUCUAAACCAGACAUGGCACACAGAUAAUCCCGACUUCUCAUGGUGUUUCCAUAAUACCAUUCUUUACUGGAUACCCUGUUUUUACCUAUUUGCCUGUUCACCAUUUUACAUCCUGUAUCUAAGACGACAUGGGCGAGGCUACAUCAUGUUGUCCCUGCUUAGCAAAGCAAAAACUUGUCUUUCUGCUUUGUUGGCACUUGUGUGCUAUACAGAACUUUUCUACACUGUGUGGAACAUGACACACAGCAUUGCUGAGCCGCCAGUUCUCCUCAUUAGCCCACUCAUAGUUGGAGCUGCUAUGCUCCUGGCCACAUGUCUCAUCCAAUAUGAGAGGAUAAGAGGCGUACGAUCAUCAGCUCUCUUGUUGGUAUUCUGGAUCCUGACUUUAAUAUGUGCUGUCUUCCAGCUAAGAACCAAAAUCACAAUGGCCAUUUCUCAGGGAGCAGAAAUUAACAGACUUCGCUACACACUAUUUAUGAUCUACUUCUUACUGGUCCUGUUCCAGUGCAUUCUGUCAUUUUUUAAUGAUCCCCCUCCUUUUUUCUCCAGUGUAAAAAAUGACAUGAACCCUUGUCCUCUGUCAAGUGCUUCUUUCCUUUCUCAAGUCACGUUCAGUUGGUUUACAGAAAUAAUGUUUAGGGGUUAUAAACAACCAUUAAAAGCAGAUGAUAUUUGGUCCCUGAGAAAGUCAGACACAGCUGAAGACAUUUUGUUAAAAUUCUCUAAAGAAAUUCAGAAAGAAUGGCACAAAACUAAACCGUUAAAGGUUCACACAACAGUCUCUAAUUCCAAGAAGGAUACUGAUAUUCAGGUUUAUGAAGAAGAACAGCAUGAGACUGAAAUUCUACUGAAAAACCCCAGCAUGCAGAUGAAUAACCAGUCUCUCUUAAAGAUCAUCAUUAAUUCUUUUGGAUACCACUACCUGCUUACUGCAUUGUUAAUGAUUCUCUACACUGUGUUCCUCUUCAUCAGUCCUUUGCUUAUUAGACUUCUGCUGGAUCGUUUAAAGGAUUCUUCGGUGCCAACUUGGCAAAGCUUUUUGAUUGCCAUACUCCUGCUCAUUUGUCCUUGUUUUCAGUCCCUCUUCCUUCACCAACAUGACUAUCUGUGCUAUGUUAUUGGAAUGAGACUUAGAUCAGCAAUAGUGGGCAGUGUCUAUAAAAAGGCAUUAGUCAUAUCCAAUGCUGGACGAACGAAUUCAUCAUCUGGAGAAAUUGUAAAUUUGAUCUCUACGGAUGUACAGAAGCUCAUGGACUUGGCCACUUGCUUGAACUAUCUUUGGUCGGCACCAUUUACAAUAAUUUUUGCUAUGUACUUCCUUUGGCAGACACUCGGUGUCGCUGUAUUUGCAGGUGUUGGAGUAUUUAUUUUAAAUCUUCCUUUUAUGACUGUAUUUGGAGCAUUGAUUAAAAAAAUCCAGGAGGAACAAAUGAAACAGAAGGAUGGUCGUAUAAAGCUUAUCUCUGAGAUAUUGCAAGGUAUAAAGGUGCUGAAGCUAUAUGCCUGGGAAAAUGCUUUCAUGAAGAAAGUUAUAAGCUUUAGGCUGCUUGAGUUGAAAGCAGUGAAAAAGAAUGCGCUGUUGCUUUCCGGAGCACUGGCUCUGUUUGUGGCCUCCCCUUUUUGGGUUUCCCUAAGCAUGUUUGGUGUGUUCUUGGCACUUGAUGAAAAAAAUGUUCUGGAUGCUCAGAAAGCCUUUGUCACCAUCAUGUUACUUAAUAUUCUCAGGAUCCCACUUCGUAUGUUCCCAAUGGCCAUAACUCUUACUGUGCAGUCAACCGUAUCUCUGAGACGCUUGGCAAAAUUUUUCUCAGAAGAGGAGCUGGAACCUAAUAACGUGCAGACAUUAGACACUACUAGCAGGAACGACAUUGUUGUAUGUGAUGGCACCUUUACCUGGAGUGCCACAAAUGAACCAUGCCUAAGGGGCAUUAAUUUAUCAAUCCAGAAAGGAUCCUUGGUGGCUGUUGUUGGGCAGGUUGGUUGUGGAAAAACCUCUCUUCUUUCUGCACUACUCGGAGAAAUGGAGAAAGUUGAGGGGGAAGUCGCUCUAAAGGGUUCUGUAGCAUUUGUUCCACAGCAAACUUGGAUUCCAAACGCCACUUUUAAAGAGAAUGUUCUUUUUGGAAGAAUGUUGAACAAAGAAUGGUAUGAUAAUGUUAUCCAAUCUUGUGCACUACUACCUGACCUAAAAAUUCUUUCUGGGGGAGAGAACACAGAAAUUGGUGAAAAAGGUAUAAACUUGUCUGGAGGACAGAAGCAACGAAUAAGCAUUGCUCGAGCAGUAUACAGGAACUGUGAUGUCUACUUGUUGGAUGAUCCCCUAUCUGCAGUUGAUGCCCAUGUUGGACAACAUUUAUUUGAGCAUGUCAUUGGACCCAAUGGUUUGCUUAAAGGAAAAACACGCAUUCUUGUCACUCAUGGAGUAAGUUUCCUCCCACAAGUGGAGAAGAUAAUAGUAAUGUCUGACGGCCGAAUCUCUGAGGUUGGCACAUAUUCUGAGCUUUUAGAAAACAAUGGCGCCUUUGCAGAUUUCCUUCAAACAUAUGCCCUGACAGCUCAACAAAAGGAUGAGGCACACAUAGAAAGCAAAGUGAAGGACAGUAAAGGAAAAGCCAGAGGGGACAAGAUGACAAACAAUCAUAUAAGGAAGGAAAUUGCUUCUGAUACAGCUGAGGAAACUACAGAGGGAGAUGCAGAUGCUGGGAAGCUUACAGAGGCUGAUAUUGCUCUCACAGGCAGGGUUAAAAUGUCAGUGUAUUUGGAGUACUGCAAGAUCAUGGGAAAGUGGUAUCUGCUCAUGUGUGCUGUAUUCUUCAUCAUUCAACAAUUAUCUGCUUUGGGACACAAUUACUGGAUCGGUUUAUGGGCUGAUGAUCCCCCUGUGAAUGGCACACAACAGAACACCAGCAUGCGGCUAGCUGUAUACAGCAUUUUAGGCUUUGUGCAAGCUUUAGGUAUCUUUAUAGCAUCUGCUACUAUUAUUGUUGGAGGUGUGUCAGUAUCCCGGCAGCUUCACUCUAAACUCUUGUACAGCAUCCUGAGGAGCCCAUUGAGCUUUUUUGAACGAACCCCCAGUGGAAACUUGACUAACCGCUUUGCUAAGGAGAUGGACACUAUAGACAAUAUCAUCCCUCAGAUGUUAAUGUUGAUAAUAAUAAUGACCCUGACUAUAUUGGAGAUACUGCUGGUCAUCGCAAUAGCUACACCUCUUGCUGCCGUAGCCUUUGUACCCCUAGGAAUACUCUAUUUCUUCUUACAAAGAUUUUAUGUUGCCACUUCCAGACAGUUGAAACGUCUGGAUGCAGUCAGUAAAUCACCUCUGUACACUCACUUUAAUGAAACGCUGCAAGGAGUAAAUGUCAUACGAGCCUUCAGAGAACAGGAUCGGUUUAUUCAAGACAACAAUCUACGUCUAAACACUAAUCAACAAUUCUAUUUCGCUAGCUUUGUUGCUAACAGGUGGCUGAGUGUGCGCUGUGAUCUCCUCAGUAAUUUCAUAGUCUUUACAGUUGCUGUUGUGGGUGUACUUUUCAGGGAGCAAAUUUCUCCUGGUCUAGUUGGCCUUGCUGUAGUGAACUCUCUGCGGUUGACAGGUGUUUUAAAAGAGGCAGUGCAUACCGCUACAGACAUGGAAACAAACUCAGUUUCUGUGGAGAGAGUGAAGGAGUAUUGUGAUGUGGAGCCUGAGGCUCCAUGGACAUCAGAAAAUGAUUCAGCACUAACCGAUUGGCCCCAUGCUGGUAGAAUAGAAUUUCAGAAUUAUGGCUUAAGGUAUAGAAAGGAUUUAGAACUGGCAUUAAAGAAAGUAACUGCAAGUUUCCAACCCGGAGAAAAGAUUGGCAUCGUAGGAAGAACUGGAGCUGGUAAAUCAUCUCUUACCUUAGGGUUGUUCAGAAUUUUGGAGCCUGCGACUGGAGCAAUACAGAUAGAUGGAAUAGACAUUUCAAAACUAGGCCUUCAUGAACUGAGAUCGAAGAUAACAAUCAUCCCCCAGGAUCCGGUUUUGUUCUUUGGAUCACUGAGAAUGAAUCUUGAUCCAUUUGAUAAUUAUUCGGAUGAUGACAUUUGGACUGCACUAGAACUGGCUCACUUAAAAAGCUUUGCUUCAGCCUUAUCAGAUGGCCUUAAUCACACAUGCUCUGAAGGAGGAGAAAAUCUGAGUGUUGGUCAGCGUCAGCUGGUAUGCCUGGCAAGAGCCCUCCUGCGGAAAACAAAGAUCCUGGUGCUAGAUGAAGCCACUGCAGCUGUGGACCUGGAGACUGAUGACCUUAUACAGUCCACCAUUAGAAAAGAAUUUCAGGAUUGUACUGUAAUCACUAUUGCACAUCGACUCAAUACAAUCAUGGAUUAUACACGGAUUGUUGUCUUUGACAAAGGUGAAAUUGUAGAAAUUGACACUCCAUCAAGAUUACUGGAAAGUAAAGGACUGUUUUACUCCAUGGCCAAAGAUGCAAAUAUUAUUUAGCUAUGCCAGCAACGAGUUUGCAAAUAACAAUACAGUUGUCUUCUAUAUUUACUGUAGGGCAACUUCAGUAUAUGCCUAAAAUGGAAUGUACAAAGUCAGUGCCUUUGUGUUAGGCUAUAUUCAUGUGUUUCCUAUGCAAAAUUUGAUGUGUAUUUUUCAAAGAAUACAGUACACAAAUCCAAAGCUGAAACUCAUAUUCUUGUCAUGGAUGUACCAGUGGGUUCACACAUGAACCAACCCCAGUUGUCACUCAGAGGGCUUAAUCUGUGGCUUUUCUGUGUGCAAUCCAAGUGAAUAAUGAACAUGCUUUAAAUAUACAAAAUUAAACAAUAUUAAACAAAAGGGAAAAACCUCUUCCCAGUUUCAUCUGCUGUUCCAUGCAUAGUUUAGCUUCUUGUGUUAUAGCCUAACAGCAAUUUCUUUUCAAAAAUAUAUAUGUACGGCUUAUAGAUCAGUAUACCUUAAUGACAUAUAUGUAUAUUAAGAUCAUAGAUGAUAAAAUAAUAAAAGUGUGCACAGGCAGGAGUAUAUAAACCAUGUACUAAAUUCCUAGUUAAUAGAAAAAACAUAUUUAUAAAGUUAUGAUGUGUAUUUCAGUCUGCCUAAAAGCUUUAUCUUCUUUUUCUUCUAUUUCUUUCUAUAAGUCUUUCCUAUAGCAUCAAAUAGAACCACCAUCUUUUUUAACUAUCAGCAUUAUAUUGUACUGUAUAUUUAGUAUAUAACCAACUAAAACAUAUCAUGAAAGAUAAAUUCUACUCAGUAUAAUCUAUACAGUAUGCAAGUUAUUUGUCUCCCUAGGUAGCCUCAACACUAGGGCUACUACAUUGCUACUCUUUGUUGUGCUACUGAUUGAUUUUACUAUGGAGUGACAGCUGUUGUCCACAAGGUUGUAUUACUUUGAAAGUUUAGACUGUAGCUUGAUCAUGGAUACUUUGUUAGUGGAGCUACCACAUGACUGAAAAUUGCAUAGGAUAGAAUCAAUUUGUGUAACCUUUUAUUGCACCAAAAUUGCAAUAGUCUGCAAAUCUGGUUCAACUUAAUUUUUCAGUGGAAGAUAUGAUACACGCUACAUGUCAUGAUUUACCACCCCAUACCAUAAAAAAUGGUGCGACCAUAGCCUAAGGGUUUGUUCACACGGGCGGAAUUUCCAUCAGCAGAAUCCGCCAAUGGAAUUCUGCCUGAAAUGAAAGCCCAAUACACUUCUAUGGGAUUCUGCACUCCCAUUGACACUUCGGAAAUCCCACUAUUUCACAAGCAGUAUUUCCGAAGUGUCAACUGGAGGGAUCCCAUAGAAGUGUGUAUUGGGCUUUAAUUUCAGGAGGAAUUCUGCCGUGUGAAUAGACCCUUACCGUCUAGAACAAAGGCCCUAAGUCUCCCUCACUUGAAAUGCAUGUGAUAUCGGAUACCUGGGUAUAAAAUAGCUGGGAGCAAAAUGUUUUUGGUUAAGUAUAUAAUGUGAGACAAAGGUGUAAUGCAUAGACAUUACAGAUAUUAAAAUGAAAGAAAUGAUUUGAUUGGUUGCUAUGGGCAGCUGGUCAACUUUUUCAUGCCUGCGGUUGUCUUAGAAGAAUGGAAUAGACCAAAGCACCACUUCUUGCAAAAAAUAAUAAAACGGUAUAGAGAGCUUCUAUUAUACACCAAGAAGACACAGGGGGAAUAUUCAAAGACUUGUGUAAAAAAAAAAAAAGUUGUGCUUACUUCUUUGAAUAUCCUCCCCCAUAAUGUGAUAGCAGAACAAUACUGCCUUCAUCAAGCGCACUUGUAUUGUUCAGCCGAAACGUCGUUUUUUUUUUCAUGUAGCUUUUUUUUAUUUUUAGCAAGAAUUGGUGCUGUGUUCUAUAAAAUUUUUCUACAACAUGUUCUGAGGCCAGAGGGUUGAGGCCUAACACUAUGUGCAUCAUAAGGAUAAUGGGGAUCCAAUGAGUGAAUAGAGGUGUUGCUGUUCCACACAGCUUUCUUUGGAUAUGGCUGGUUUUGGUGAUCUGCAAUACCACACACAACCUGUGGACAACUGUGGCUCUGUUGUUUAAAGAAAUCAGCCAUGUUCAUAUUAUCCUGUACAACACCAUUAAAGUGUACCAGUCAUUUAAAAAAAAUAAAAUAAAAUGUACAUGUCACAGAGACAUGUCACAAAGUUCUGAUCGGUCAAGGUCUCAGUGCUGAAACCCCCACUGAUCAUUACAAUGAGUGAGGAGAAAUAUGCAGUAGCACGCUUCAAUCCCCGGCUUGCUGUGAUCUCCAUCCAGCUUCACUGGAAAGCCCCAUAGACUUAUAAUGAGGCCAGCUAGUGAAGUUGGAGGAGAUCGCUGCAAGCUGGGUAAAUGUCCAGUCUUGCGAGUAGGUUAAAAGCGUGCAAGUCAAGCUUAGCCUAAAUAUUAGAGAGCUGAUUAUUUUGCAACCAUUAAGUAAGUCCAUUCAUUCUUAUCCCGUUUAGGGUAAGUUCCAACUUCUCCCCUUCACACUACAUCCCUCCAUGUAUGAAUUUAUAGUAUAUGCAACAAAUUAAAAAAAAGGGAAGUCAAAAAUAUUUAUUAGUUUGUAGUAUGUAGUACUUGUAGUAAGUAGCACUUUUAACCUUUUUGAACUUUUUCAAAUUUCUCUCAGGAAAGAAUGCAUUGUACUGUGCAAUAUUUUAUAUUGUACAUUAUAUUGUAAAUAAAGCUUAUUGAAACAAGCACUCUCUGGAAAAGUACACAAAGAACAAGCAAAUGCUCAUUUGUCAGCUGGUUGGGUUACUUUGACCCGUCAAAAAAAAAAAAAAAUCACUGUCCAUAGAAUGGCUGUGUAAUAGGGGAUGUGCAGCUGAUGGCUGACUGUAGCAAAGGGAUGAAUGAUCUAGCAAUCAUUUUUGCGUCUCUUUCUGCCCAACACUCGAGUCGUGUAAAAGGGUCUAGGAGUCUAGGAGAUCGCUGCUCGUUUACUGUGCCGGAACUCUUUUUUUCUCUGCUAAACUCCUGUAAAAUUACCAGAUCACCGUCAGACCCCAUGCAACAACAGUAACCUUUUGCAUCUAACCCAUUUCAGUGUCCGUUCGGCUCAAGAAAAAAAAAAAAAAAAAAGAACUGAAUAGACCCUGUACGGGUCGGAUCGGAUGCAAACGGCAGUGUUAACAUAGCCUUAUUGUUAUUUUGGUAUCGAAUAGGUGGGCUUAAUUUUAAGUGGUAUAUCUGUAUUAAAGGGGUAUUCCAGGCCAAAACUUUUUUUUAUAUAUCAACUGGCUU